GUCGACGUAUGAGGAAGUAGAUAGACUCGCAUUAUUAUUGUUGUGGACACACUGGAAUUAUGCAGACCCCGGAAUUAUCUUUCACGUUGACUUAUGUUGUUUUCGCUCUCUGCUUCGUGUUCACGCCCAACGAGUUCCGUUCAGCGGGUUUAACCAUCCAGAAUUUGUUUUCGUCGUGGCUGGGAAGUGAGGAUGUGGGCUUUAUCCAGUACCACGUCAGGAGGACCAGCAUUACUGCACUCGUCCACUCCGCACUGCCUCUAGGUUAUUUCAUCGGGCUGUUUAUCGCGUCGCCAGAGAUAAACCUUGAAUACAUUCAUCAGGUGAGUGGCAGCUGGAGAGCACUUCUCCUCCUCUCUCUCUGCCUCCAGUUAAGCAGCUGGAUCCUCGUCAUUUACUGGUCCCGUUGUCACUGGUACAAUCAUCCCAUCAGUCGCACACUGCAGGCCCACGUACAGGCUUCUAACUCCAGCUGGGGCUCUGUGGCAGCGAACCUCAAUGUGGAGUUCAGACGCAUAGAUAAGUUUGCAGCAGGACCCCCUGAGGCCAGAGUUGUUGUUACUGACAGCUGGGUGUUAAAGGUGACCACCUACCACGUCCAUAUGGCCUUACAGAGUCAGUGCAGCGUGACAGUGACAGGGUCCAGACAGCACCAUCUGAAUCCAGAUUCAGCCUCCCCUUCAGAGAUCUUGACGUUGAGAGUGGACAGCGUCAACCCUGCUGUCAGACCAUUCAGUAUCAGGCUCAACUCUACAGAGUAUGCAGAGUUCAGGGAGAAGCUCCAAGGUCCCAUAAUAAACUCGCAUAAUGUAGUGAUCCACCUGACAAUGAGCGAACUUUUCCUCGAAACAUUCAAAGCUCAAGUGGACCUCAAUCCGAUAUACACACUCCCCAGUGGACAGGAGAUUGAGCCCUGUAUUGGAUGUAUGCAAGUUCCAGCAAACACUAAACUGUUGAGACUUUGCCACACAGCAGGAGGUGACGGUGAGUCGGAGUGCCAGCAGUGUUUCUGCAGACCAAUGUGGUGCCUGUCGUGCCUUGGUCGAUGGUUCGCCAGCCGCCAGGACCAGCAAAGACCUGAGACCUGGCUGUCCAGUAGAGUACCCUGCCCCACCUGUAGAGCCAAGUUCUGUAUACUGGACGUCUGUGUGGUCCAUGGACAAGACACACACACUGAUUGAAAUCGACUUUUCAGCUCAGAAUUAUCUGGAGGUGUAUUCCUAAGCAGCAUUCGGUAACGGACCUCUGAACGAGGCAUGGAUCCGACACUGGACCUAACUUAUUUGUACACCUGUUUAUUGUGUUUUAUUAGCAGGGCGUGAAGGCGUAACCCUGAGUCUGGUAAACAUUUGACUCAAUAAGCACAAUGUGAGAUUUACUCUGAAGAUUUGGGUGAUUGGUAUUUGCAUUUUAUCCAGUAUCAGGUUAUAGGAUUUACAGAUUUGCUCGGCAACAAAUGCUGACGACGAGGUGAAAUGAACGGUACUGAAUUUCUUGUAACCCCAGUAGCCAUAGUACAUGUCUGGGCUGCAUAGAAAGUGAACUGUCUGUUGUUAUAGUCAGCAUUUUGAAUGUGGGAGCAAUGGGCAGUGCAAUUAAACAGUGUCAGCAUGUGUAUAUGACAAAACUAUGCCUAUGCCCAUACCUCUAUAGGUACAUUUUUUACAAUGCAAUUAUUCCUCUGAAUUUUGAGGUUAUUUUUAAUCAGAAACUCUGAUCACCAGAGAAGAUGAAUUCACAUUAACUUAACUUUAUAGAUAGUUUAUCAGAAGAAAAUAAUCAUCUAAAUUAUUCUUAUUUAUUUGAAUCUGAAAAUGAGUUAACAGUUACAGGGCGUCACCCUGGUAAUGGGCCAAUAAAGGAGUAGGGAGUGAAUUCUGUCUCAAUAAUUAACUGAUGUGUGAGUAGUGAAGGGGUGAGAGCAGCUCUUACCACAGCAUGCAUACAAAUGACACCAAAAUCACAUCUCUUUUAAAGCAAAUUAUUAAUAAUAUUUAAUAAUUUUGUUCAAUUUUGUUUAUAUCUUCAAUAACAUUUCAAAUUGUCUCAAGAUGCUUUACAGAACCCAGAGUAGUAUGAAGCUCUACGGGUCAUAAACACGGAGCUCCAGGCUCGAGAGACAAACUUCUAAUCUAUAAACUCACAAACGGGCAAGCGCAUAUAACGUGUGCGUAGUUGUAAGGGUGUGUGUGUGACAGAGAUAAGAGGAGGAGGCAGAAUGCUGAUUUUAAGCUACAAAUAGGGCUAAGCUAAACCAGCUAAUGGAGACAUUACUGGUAGUAUGUAGUGAUGUACAGACUAAAAAGAGUGGGCAAAGGUUGAAUUGUGCGCAUACUGCCUCCUAUGGUCGAACUAGUGUUUUGUAGUCAGAUUUCCUUACAGGCCAAACCCCAGUUUGGCUUAAGGUACUUUGGUUAUCCAAAUGACCAAAUGGAGAGUCCUCAUGGUUCUGUUUUUACUAAAAACUUUGUUUUACCAAAAGUUUCUCUCCUGGUACUUGUUGUGUGUCUUGGUACUCUUGGUCUUAGUCAAGGUACUGCUCAUUAUAUUAUUACUGUAUGAUAUUAUUUCUAUCAGGAUUGUUUCUGCUAAUCAGUAAUAAAGUUUAAGCAAGGAUAA